AUGCAGGACUCUAUUAAGUUUUACUUAAUUUGCUCAUUUGCCCUUUACUUAAUUACAAGAAGAAGUCCCUUGAGGGAGAAGUAACACAUCAUCUUAGCACAAGUAGCUGUUUUAUUUCUUGUUGAAUGCCUCUUAUCUGUGGUGUUGACUCAACUCUUGGUUAACUAUGUUAGGUUGUUAUUAAGUGUAUGUAGAUUUUGUGCAAUGCUGAUUAUCCAAUAUUAGAUAAUCAAAGCACUGUUAUUUAGUUCAUAAAGUGAAAAUGAAAUAAGUGUAGUCAUCAAUUAAAUAAAGAACAAAUAUAAAGUGGAAUGA